AUGGCAAGCUUAGUAAAAUUUAUAUACGAUAAAUUUCUUGUGGUUAAUUCUCGCCACCCCCAAUAUGAACCCAUUCGUUCAGGUACACCUAUUGUCGGGCAAGAGAAUCAGGACGAUGACUUAAUGAGAGGUGGUCUUUCUAAUAUUCCGAACAACGUGCCCGUGGAUAGAUACAAACUAGUCUAUUGGAUUUUCUUGAUACAGGGACUCGCAAUGUUACUACCAUGGAACGCUUUUAUAACGUCAUCGGAAUUCUUUCGCGCUAAAUUCUCUGGAUCACCAUAUGCUCAUAAUUUCCAAAAUUAUUUCUCGAUUGGGUUUACGUUGUUUAAUCUGAUCUUUUUUGGACAAGCUUUAUAUACACAGAGAAAGGCGGAUAUAUUCCGUCGAAUAGUCUUUUCACUCAUAAUUAAUGUUCUAGUAUUCUCUUCGAUGGCUAUUUCGACCCUUUGUGUGGAUUCAUUUUCGCCUUCGGGUUAUUUUUACUUUAGUAUGUGUAUGCUUUUAAUCACGGGUGCUACAACUUCAUGGAUUCAAAAUGGGAUCUUUGCCCUUGCUUCCCAAUUCGCUCCUAUCCAUAUGCAGGCUGUGAUGAGUGGACAAGGUGUGGCUGGUAUUACCGUAUCUAUUACUCAAAUCAUGGCUGCAUUAGCCACUGAAACAUCUUCAAAUCAAGAAGCAACACCAACCUUAGAAGACUUGACUCGUGGCGCAAAAUAUUACUUUGUAUUUACGUUGGCAGUCGCUGUAGCUGCUUUGAUUUCCUUCUCCAUUCUUAUACGGUUGCCGACUUAUCACUAUUACACUUUUCGCAGUAAACAGCAAUCUGAUGUUUUCGAUGGGACAAAUUCCACGGAUUCUUCCAUCACCGAACAAGCCAGAUUUCUCUCUAAGACACUCAACAGAAUACCAUUAUUGGCAUGCGCUGUAUUAUUAGCAUUCGUUGUGACUUUAGCACUUUUUCCAUCAAUCACCGCAUCCAUCAAAUCAGUAGUGAAACCAGGAGAUCGACAAAAAUUUCAACAAGAUUACUUAUUCAUCCCAAUCCAUUUUCUAAUAUUCAAUGGUGGUGACUUGAUCGGUCGUAAUUUGCCAGGAUUGGAUUGUCUCAUGAUUGCAAGUCAAAGAAAGUUGGCUAUAUUUUCGCUUUUCCGAUUGAUUUUUGUGCCGAUUUUCUUGACAUGUAAUGUCGAUGCCGGGAAUUCUGUAUCACAGUCAUUUCCCUUAUUGAUAAAGAACGAUAUGUUGUACUUUUCCUUUCUGAUGCUGUUUGCAGUCACAGGUGGAUAUUUGGGUUCAUCAGUAAUGAUGGCAGGACCACAAAUGGUACCUGAUAAUGAAAGAGAUAUCGCUGGAGGGAUAUUGGGAUUUUCGUUAAUUCUCGGUUUGGUCGUAGGAUCAGCAUUUUCUUUCCUUGCAAGAGCAGUAAUUUGUGAAUGCAAUCCUUUUCUAAGCUGA